AUGUUACGACCGUCGACCUUGAUACAGCAACAACUUCGCCGAGGAAGUGAGGUCAAAUUGAAAGGAUAUGAGUUUUACAACAAAAUUUUAGGGUCACCGAAAUAUGUGGUGGGACCCAUGGUGGAGCAGUCUGAGCUGGCUUGGAGAAUACUUAGUAGAAGAUACAAUGCUCAUUUGUGUUAUACUCCCAUGUUCCAUUCCAGGUUAUUUAGUGAUCCAAUCAAUGGAGCAAAGUAUCGAGGUGAACAAUGGACAACGAAUGAACAAGAUCGGCCACUUAUUGUUCAAUUUUGUGCCAAUCACCCAGAAACACUUUUGACAGCCGCCAAGUUUGUUGAAAGCGAAUGUGAUGCAGUAGAUCUUAAUCUGGGUUGUCCACAAUAUAUUGCCAAAAAGGGACGAUAUGGAUCCUUCCUUCAAGAGGAUUGGGAGACAAUUUACAAGUUAAUCUCGACGCUACACAAGGAACUGAUUGUACCGGUGACAGCCAAGAUCCGAGUUUUUGAGAGUGUGGAAAAGACGGUUGAGUAUGCCAAAAUGAUUGAAUCAGCGGGAGCACAAAUGCUAGCUGUUCAUGGCAGAUUACGUGAGCAAAAAGGGCAUCAUACAGGACUUGCUGAUUGGACCAAGAUCAAAGCUGUCAAGGAGGCAGUGAAUAUACCAGUGAUUGCUAAUGGAAACAUUCUCUAUCACGAUGAUCUGCAGAAUUGUUUAGACCAGACAGGUGCUGACGGAAUCAUGAGUGCCGAAGGAAACUUAUUUAAUCCAUCGCUGUUUACCUCAUCCGAAUUACCCCCCAUGACAUACGACAUUGCUCAAGAAUACCUAGCUAUUUGUAAGGAGUUACAGCCAAUGACGAGGCCUGUCAUCAUCAAAAGCCACUUAUUUAAACUGUUUCAUGCGAGUUUUUCCAUUCAUACGGACCUAAGAGACCGGAUGGGCGUUUGCUCUACAUUGGAUAAAAUGGUUCAUAUUACAAUGGAAUUAACGGAGAGAAUAAAAAAGGAGCAACAACAACAACAAGAUAUGCAGGAAACAGUAGCAAUAAAAGACGGUAUUCGAACAUAUGCCCCUUGGAGAUGCCAGCCUUAUUUUCGAACAAAGUUAAAUCGUGAUUACGAGAAAGAAAAGAAUGAUUCAAGAAGGGAAAAGGCUAUCCAAACAUUACGAGCUAAAAAGGCAGCGGCUCUCACAUUAACACAGGUGUAA